AUGCGGACCCUUUCCGCCCGCUUUCACGAGCUGCAGUCCUCCAGUCCUGGUUCACCUAGAUUGGCAGCUUCCUCUUCCGCAGGUGGCCUGCACCGCAUCUUGCAUGCCCCUAGAUCCCCGACAUAUGUCGGGCCCACUAGUGCGGAGUUCGGCCUUUCUCGAGCUCAAACAUCAGUAUCGCACGAGGCUAGCAGUGAUGGGGUAGUUGACGAUCAGGGCGAGGAACUUGACCUCUCAACGACGGCCCCUAGCCCCGUCCCAUCGGAAAGAGGUGGGAAUCCUCUAGGGCAUCCUCUGAGAAGCCUCGGGGCAGAUGAAAUCUUACGGCUGGUGCAAGUCUAUGAAGACACGGUGAGUGUAAUGUACCCAUGUGUCGAUUUAGAUGGAGUGCGAGCAUAUGUGCUUGAAUACUACCGUUCUUAUCAUUCAACCACGGAGUCAUCAUCAGCUUCCUCCUUUUCGCCUCAGACUGCCUCCGAUCAGGACUGGUUCUCUGCGCGCGAUGUUCAAGUGCUGAAAGUCCUUUUGGCGACUGCUCUGCUAGUCGAAUCCCACGGUCGCAGUGAGCGGGCCGCCCAGCUUGCCGACAGUGUCGAAGAUCGCUUCGCCAGCCGGUUGAAAAUAUCUGAGGUUGACAUGAAAGAGAUCCUCAUUCUUACAUUGCUGUCGAUUUUUCAUUCCUAUCGCGAUGAUGAAGUCAUUGCCGGGCGUUUGAUUGGUAUGGCGGUUCGAGGAAGCACAGAGCUGGGUCUUCAUCGUCAAGAGACGUGGCAGAAGACAGGAGGUGUUUUCCCAGGCGAAUUGGAAUGGACCUGGGCAAGCCGACUGUUUUGGUGUAUCUAUGUCUUAGACCGCAAAUGUGCCUUUGGCACGGGCCUACCAUUCUCCAUUCAAGAUUCAGAUAUUGACACCAACUUGCCCGAGCCUGGUCACUCUACCCCGUAUCUGACUUGUAUGAUCUCUCAUGCGCGACUCAGCACAAAGAUCUGGGGGCUAGUGGUUGGAUGGCCUAACCGGUCCCAAGCGGCCACCUCAGACAGCUGUGCCUAUUUAGAUGCACAGGUUCAGCAAUGGAUUCAUUCCAUUCCCCCUGAAUUACGCUUCGAUCCAACGUGGCGUUCUCCUGCUGGAGCAGAGCACACUGAUCAGGCUAUGAUGCUUCAGGUUCUUCUCGCUCUACAGGCAAACCAGCUUCGAAUUCUCGUCUAUCGGCAAAAUUUGCUCAGCGACGAGCGGAUAUCGGAAAAUAUGGCAGGUGCCUCGACUGCCGUGGAAACGGCCAAGCGCACCGUGCACAUGUUACACUAUUUCAGCCGUGUCUCGGGCAUCUACUAUCAACGCCCGGAACCAUUCAAUUAUUUUCUCUUAUCUGCCCUUGCGGCGCUCUUCUUGGCCGUUCUUCAUGCCCCGGCGCGUUUCAGUCAUGCUUGUCGGCCAGAGUUCUACACAGCCGUGGACAUGGUUCGCCGCUCAGCAACCCGCGCCCGUACUUCUCGGCGAUUGCAGAAGAUUAUCCACAGCUUGAACCGAAUUCGGUUAAACCUCAGGUGGGAUCACGAAUCUAGUCGACAUCUAUCUACUCAUCGCGCAUAUCCCCCAAGCGCAGACUCUGGGCAUGAGAAAGAGCUAUCUGAGUCAGUUUCACAACCCACUCCACCAAAGCGGCCUUACUCCGCACUCGAAAAUUGGGAUAUCACACCGCUGCCGACUACAGGAGAGCCUGCUGGAGCACAGUGCGCUCCUAGCCUUCAUCAUACAUCGGGGGCAAAUGCCUCCCAGACCUCAUCCAACACAUUCUGGGCAAUUUCUCCUGGCACAAUGGCUAAUCCUGAAUCUAAUGGCUGCGAGGACCUGAGCAGCUUUUUCGAGAUCGCCGGUGGGUUUUAUUUCGAUCCCCAUUCCAGUACUGGUAUUGCCGCUGGAGUAGACGUGGGGUUGCCCAGUGGCGUGGAUGCCUUCCAUGCCGAGGACGAGGCGCUGACACGAGUGAUGGCGGGUUUGCUGUGA